AUGGAUUUUAACCUGCUGACGGACAGUGAAGCCCGCAGCCCAGCGCUGUCGCUCUCCGACUCCGGGACCCCGCAGCACGACCAGGGAUGUAAAGGCCAGGACAACAGCGACACAGAGAAAUCCCACCAGAACCAGCUGGAUGAGUCCAGCACUGAGGACGGCUCUCUGAAGAAGAAGCAGCGGCGGCAGAGGACUCACUUUACCAGCCAGCAGCUUCAGGAGUUGGAGGCCACCUUCCAGAGAAACCGCUACCCUGACAUGAGCACCAGAGAGGAAAUUGCAGUGUGGACCAACCUCACUGAAGCACGAGUCAGGGUGUGGUUCAAGAAUCGGCGUGCCAAGUGGAGAAAAAGGGAGAGGAACCAGCAGGCAGAGUUAUGCAAAAAUGGUUUUGGUGCCCAGUUCAAUGGACUCAUGCAGCCCUACGAUGACAUGUACACGGGUUACUCCUACAACAACUGGGCCACCAAGAGCCUAGCAAGCAGUCCACUCUCCGCCAAGAGCUUCCCAUUCUUUAACUCAAUGAAUGUAAGCCCCUUGUCAUCUCAGCCCAUGUUCCCCCCCCCAAGCUCCAUCCCCUCCAUGAACAUGGCCUCUAGCAUGGUGCCCUCAGCGGUGGCAGGGGUUCCCACUACGGGGCUCAAUAAUCUGGGCAACCUCAACAACCUCAACAGCCCCGCGGCGCUCAACUCUGUAGCAGUGACUGCGGCCACAUGCCCCUACGCCACCACAGCCAGUCCUUACAUGUACAGAGACACCUGCAACUCCAGCCUGGCCAGCCUGCGGCUCAAGGCCAAGCAGCACACCAACUUUGCUUACCCAGCAGUGCAGAACCCCGUGUCCAACCUGAGCCCCUGCCAAUAUGCUGUGGACCGGCCGGUAUGAAGAAGAAGACCCCUGACCCAACCAGCUGUAAGUCCACUAUUACCCCACUUCACAUCUCUUCAGUUCCAUCUGCCAAAUGUGCUGCAGACGGCAGAUCAUGUUUUGAUGGUACACAAUGAAAAAAAACUUAAAAACUGACACAACACAACAAAUAGACAUGCCUGGAUGGACUACUGCUCUUCAAAGGAAUUCUCUCCAGUUUGUGAGACUUUGUUGCUGAACUGACCAACUGCUUCAAAGGAUUUCUAAAGAUUACCGAUUGUAAUUUUUUUCCUUCUUUUGAACUGCAUGAUUAGAGUAAAUGUAGAAACCAAGGGUAAAUAAAACAUGGAUGCUUCAACUGGAGGUGGUCAACAUCAUGGCCCAAAAACAUCAAACCUGAUAUUUGCAGCUAUUGCAGGAAAAGAGACCUGUGGGUGAAAUGCAGCAGAAAUGGAGGAUGUAUAUAAUGGACUUUUUUCUGUUUUGUAUGUGACAAAAAUAUAUGAAAACGUACUUUAAAGAUGAGAAAAGCAUGUUCUUCAAAAGCAAAAGCCCUAAAUUGAUGUACUAUGAGCACAUCCAUCAGGAACUUUAAACUUUGUUGUGAAUUCCUUUCCUUAUGGAAGGUCAUAGGUCAAAGUUCAGCUUGGAUGGGCAAGAGGAGGGCAGUCCUGGAAAGUGAACACAACCUCAUAUGAAAGAGGACAAGGUCCAUAUGAAAAAUGCAUUCGUGUGUAUAGUCAAAAUUCUGACUUUAUUCACAGAAUUCUGACACUCUAAUUAGAACUCAAAUACAUUUUUGAUAUGUGGCCCUAAUCCUCUUCCACAACUUCAAGUGGUUAAAAACAAAAAUAACAGUUUACUCACACAUAUACCAGAAUUUCAGCAAGGUUUUUCAAGUAAAACACUAAAAAGCCAUUCAGUAUAUAGAUUUGUGUGGUGUUAUACAAAGGGAGCCAAUGACUGUAAAAAAUGUAUGUAAGAGUGCAGUUGUCAUAACAAAAAAACAAGCUUUUUUCCCUGGUGU